CUGCACCCACCCGGAGCGAGCGGCACAAGGAGAAUCCUCCUUCCUCCUCCUCCUGCUCCCGCCUCGCCACAUCCUCCUCCCGCCCCAUCCUCUUCCUCGUCCCUGCUUCCGGCCGCGCUCCGCGGGGGACUUUGGUCCAGCGCCGGCGGCCGCGCAUCAAUCAUCAACCAGGGGCGGGAGCGGCCGCCAGCGCCCGGCCCCACCGCGGCAGGAGACCCCCCCUCGGGGCCCUCGCCACCGGCCCCAGCGCCACCAUCGCCAUCACGAGCCGCAGCGCCCCCGGAGCCACCAUGGCCUCGGCCACCCCGGCCAAGUGUCCCUUCAAGAAGCGGGGCAGCCUCCAGACCCCCAACCCCGCAGAGCUACGGGCUGGGCCCGGGUCCCGGCCCCUGCAGUCAGCGCGUUCCCUCCCGGGGCCUUCCCACUGCCUGAAGCACUUCCCGGUGGAUCUGCGCACAUCCAUGGAUGGCAAAUGCAAGGAGAUCGCGGAGGAGCUGUUCUGCCGCUCUCUGGCCGAGAGCGAGAUGCGAACGGCACCGUAUGAGUUCCCUGAGGAAAGCCCCAUCGAGCAGCUGGAGGAGCGGCGCCAGCGCCUCGAGCGCCAGAUCAGCCAGGACGUCAAACUUGAGCCCGACAUUUUGCUCAGAGCCAAACAGGACUUCCUGAAAGUUGACAGUGCCGCGGACUUACAGCUCUUCAAGGAGCAGAGCGAGGACCUGGUAGACCACAUCCCCAAGGAGCGGGAGGCGCUGCUGGAGCGGGAGUUCCAGCGGGUCACCAUCUCUGGGGAGGAGAAGUGUGGGGUGCCCUUCACGGACCUUCUGGACGCGGCCAAGAGCGUGGUGAAGGCGCUGUUCCUGCGGGAGAAGUACAUGGGGUUGUCCCUGCAGAGCUUCUGCAAGACCACGGCCCGGUACCUGCAGGAGCUUUCCGAGAAACCCUUGGAGACUCGUGGCUACGAGGAGGUGCCCGAGACCCCUGUGGCUGCCGAUGCCCCUGUGCACCCCCCAUUCGCUGAGCAGCACCCCUAUGAGAUGUGGGACCCCAAGACCAUGCCGGCUGACCUGGGCUUUGGGCUGAAGAUGGUGGAUGGUGUGGUGCACGUCUACACCAAGCAGGACCUCACCGACAAGAGCACGGAGCUGGACCUGCCAUACCCUGACCUGCAGGAGUUCAUCGCUGACAUGAACUUCCUCAUGGCUUUGAUCAUCAAUGGGCCCAUCAAAUCCUUCUGCUACCGCCGGCUGCAGUACCUGAGCUCCAAGUUCCAGAUGCAUGUUCUGCUCAAUGAGAUGAAGGAGUUGGCGGCCCAGAAGAAGGUGCCUCACCGCGACUUCUACAACAUCCGCAAGGUGGACACCCACAUCCAUGCCUCGUCCUGCAUGAACCAGAAGCAUCUCCUGCGCUUCAUCAAGCGGGCCAUGAAGAAGCACCUGGAUGAGAUUGUCCACGUGGAGAAGGGCAAGGAGCAGACGCUCAAGGAGGUCUUCGAGACGAUGAACCUCACCGCCUAUGACCUGAGUGUGGACACGCUGGAUGUCCAUGCGGACCGCAACACCUUCCACCGCUUUGACAAGUUCAACGCCAAGUACAACCCCAUCGGCGAGUCCAUCCUGCGGGAGAUCUUCAUCAAGACGGACAACCGCGUCUCGGGGAAGUACUUUGCCCACAUCAUCAAGGAGGUGAUGUCAGACCUGGAAGAGAGCAAGUACCAGAACGCGGAGCUGCGCCUCUCUAUCUACGGCCGCUCCCGGGACGAGUGGGACAAACUGGCCCGUUGGGCCGUCAACCACCGCGUCCACUCCAACAACGUCCGCUGGCUCGUGCAGGUCCCCCGGCUCUUUGAUGUCUACCGGACAAAGAAGCAGUUGGCCAACUUCCAGGAGAUGCUGGAGAACAUCUUCCUGCCCCUCUAUGAGGCGACUGUCCACCCUGCCCAACACCCGGAGCUGCACCUCUUCCUGGAGCACGUGGAUGGCUUCGACAGUGUGGAUGAUGAAUCCAAACCAGAGCAUCACAUCUUCAACCUGGACAGCCCCCUGCCGGGCAACUGGGUGGAGGAGGACAACCCACCCUACUCCUACUACCUGUACUACAUGUAUGCCAACAUGACAGUGCUCAACCACCUCCGACGGAAGAGAGGCUUCCACACCUUCGUCCUGCGCCCGCACUGCGGCGAGGCCGGGCCCAUCCAUCACCUUGUCUCGGGCUUCAUGGUCUCGGAGAACAUCUCCCAUGGCUUGCUGCUCCGCAAGGCCCCUGUCCUGCAGUACCUCUACUACCUGGCACAGAUCGGCAUCGCCAUGUCCCCGCUCAGCAACAACAGCCUCUUCCUCAGCUACCACCGCAACCCAUUGCCUGAGUACCUCUCGCGGGGGCUCAUGGUGUCUCUGUCCACUGAUGACCCCCUCCAGUUCCACUUCACCAAGGAGCCGCUGAUGGAGGAGUACAGCAUCGCCACCCAGGUCUGGAAGCUCAGCUCCUGCGACAUGUGCGAGCUGGCCCGCAACAGUGUCCUCAUGAGUGGCUUCUCCCACAAGGUGAAGAGCUACUGGUUGGGUCCCCACUACCUGAAGGAGGGUCCUGAAGGCAACGACAUCCGUCGGACCAAUGUUCCCGACAUCCGCGUGAGCUACCGCUUUGAGACGCUGUGCCAGGAGCUGACCCUCAUCACGCAGGCGGUGCAGAGCGAGGAGCUGGAGACCAUCCAGGAGGAGGAUGCUCUCACCAUCACCUCCACCCUCAGCACCCACUGACUCCCCUCCAUCACCCACAUUCCUCUUCCAGGGCUUCGGUGCCAUCCUCCUCCUGCCCUUGGGAAGGGGAUGGGGACAGUCCCCAGCACCCUGUGGUGCCACCAAAGGGGCUUUGGUGGGGUUCUCUCAGUUCCUGGUGGGGUUUUUAAUUGGUGUCUCCUCAGUGUGGUGGUCCCUGCUCUUGAUGACACAGGGUUGAAGUGACAGGAGGUGACAUAGGUGUGGGCACUGCCGGGGGGGUCGUGGCUUCAUCUCUUGGAUGCAGUGACAGCUCAGAGGGACAUCAGUGCUGGGCAUGGGGACAUUGUGGGGGGGACCCAGCCCAGCAGUAGGUCCCAGCUCCUGAUGCUUUUUAAUUGCGUGCCCCUCUCCGUCCAUUUCUCACCCCAUGGGGACAUGGGGAUGAGCCAGCAGCACCCCAAGGACCCAGACCUGGGCUCUGCACACCCUCUUAUGGGGACCUGGUGGACAUGGUGUCCCCGGUGGAGGAUGCUCCAUCCUUCUCAGGGAGGAAGCAGAGGGCUUGGGGUGACUCUGUCCCUGCUCCAGGAGCUGGCUGUGGCCCGGAUCGGGCUGGAAGAGGCUUCUCCUUCCUUGUGGGGCAUUAUCCCAUCCCUUUGUCCCUCUAUCCCGGUCCUGUCUCCACCCAUGGAGCUGGUGGCCGAUGCUCCUGGGAAAACGUGGUGGGAACAAUGGAAUAAACAUUCAAGCCCAAGAAAA